AUGCUGGUGAUAGCUCUGCUGCUGUUGCUGAGCCUGUGGGAACCAGUUAGUCCACGGCCCCGCUGCGCUUCGGGCCAGGCUUGCGACCCCCGGCAUCGGAGAGACGCCGGGGGGCGCGGAGGAGUGUAUGAACACCUCGGAGGAGCGCCGAGACGCAGGAAACUUUACUGCGCUACUAAAUAUCAUCUGCAGAUCCAUCCUAACGGCAAAAUAGAUGGCUCGCUGGAUGAAAACAACCCGCUCAGCAUCAUGGAAAUCACAGCAGUGGACGUUGGUGUUGUGGCCAUAAAGGGGCUCUUCUCUGGGAGAUAUCUGGCCAUGAAUGAUAAAGGACGGCUGUAUGCAUCGGAAGUGUUCAACAAAGAGUGUGAGUUUGUGGAGCGAAUCCAUGAGCUGGGGUACAACACCUACGCCUCCCGCCACCACUCCACAGAGCAGACUGCUCCACCGGGAGGUGGCGGCAGCAGCAAGCGCCGGGCCAGCGCCAAGAGACAGUGGUACGUUUCCAUCAACGGCAAAGGGCGGCCACGGCGAGGCUUUAAAACCCGAAGCACGGACAAAGCCUCACUCUUUCUGCCUAGGGUGCUGGGUAACAAAGACCAUGAGAUGGUGAAGCGGCUGAGGGAGAGUCCGGGGCCACAUCACCAUGCGCAUCACCACAGCCGCCGUGCUGAGCGCCGGAGACGCCGACAUCGCGCUGGGAAAGGCCGGGCCUGA